AUUUGGCGGAACUAUAGUUUCUUCCCCAGUGUGGUAGUCGAAAAUCGUUGAACGACGGACCUAAACAGGAACAAAUGGCGAAAUAGCGACGCACAUUUGAGUUCUUCAGUCAAGGUCUUUGGCUCUCCAACGAUGGAUGAACUGCAGAAAAGAGUGGGUCAUGAUGACGAAGUCCAGUACAAGCUCUUCUUGGUCCAGCCAACUGAGUCAAAGUCUCAGACUGAGGAAUGUCUUUCGGACCUGUUGGAGAAGAUUCUCGGCCAUGUUGCCCACCACUUGAUGCAGUACAUCUGGCAGAAUCAACCCUUCAACCUCAAGUUCUAUCCAGAGAAAGAUGAUCUCCCUGCUCACAUUGGAGGAAGCACAAAUUUUGGGGACAAUGUGGAAGAUGAGUGGUUCAUAGUUUACCUUCUCAAACAGAUCACUGAGGAAUUUCCAAUACUGGCAGCGAAAGUGGAAGACAACGACGGAGAGUUUCUUCUGAUUGAGGUUGCUGAUAGUCUUCCAAAAUGGCUCAAUCCAGACACCAGCGAGAACAGGGUGUUCAUCUAUAGAGGGGAGCUGCACAUCUUGCCGCGUCCUUCGCGAUCCAGUCCAGUUGGUAUUGCAAAGGCUUUGAUUCCUAAAGUUGCUCAAGCUUUAGAUCUGCUCCACAUGCAGCCAGAAGCCUGCAGGGCCAACACCAAAAUAUCAUCUGCGCUUAAUAAGAGACUUUGUGGGUACCCAGAGCAGGUCAGCGCAAGCUUCCAUCGGGCUCACUGCUUCAUCCCUGCAGGAAUAUCCCUUGUGUUAUCUCAAAGACCCGACCUGCUCGCUCCCGCUGUCUCCUCCUUCUACCUGCGAGAUCCUGUGGAUCUCCAGGCUUGCAGAAACUUCAAGACCUUCCCUCCUGAUACACGUGUCUUAACUUCGGUGACGUUCACGCGCUGUUUGUACGCGCAGCUGCAGCAACAGCAGUUCACACCAGACCGGAGAAGUGGCUUCAACCUGCCUCCACGAUCACAUCCCGAGUACAACGCUCAUGAGCUCGGCAUGAAGCUGGCUCAUGGUUUCGAGAUCCUGUGUUCAAAAAGCCGCCUGCCGUCCUCAGAACCGGACUCUCCUGUCAGUUGUAACCCUCAGUGGAAAGGGUUCAUGGAAAGCCUGAAAAAGAACGGCUACUUUCGGGACGAGCUGGAAGGUUCGGUCCGUCACAAAAAUCUGAUGAGAUCAGCAGAAAACUUCUUUAAGCAGUCAGUCGCAUCAAACCCCAGUGCCAUGUCCCCUGGUGAGGAGGUCCUGCAGCUGCUGCACAGCUGCCUCCCUUUCAAUCUGGAGGAACUGAGGAAACAAGAGCCACAGCUCCCUCCUGAGGACAGUGACAGCUGGCUGGACAUCACGGCGCAGGAUUUGGAGCGCAUGUUGGGGGAAAGAAGUCAAGGCGCUUCUUCUGGAAAGGGCCCAUCGAGUGGCGGUGUGGAAGAGAGCGGGAGGGCGACUGAGGAAGAGGAGGCUGGUUAUAACCUGGUGGCGCUGAGUAAGGGGAUGAAGAACUUCCUCAACACCAUGUCCUCUCAUGAGGGUGCUGAGCUACCGUGGUCAAGUUCAUGCAAACCUUUCAGUUUUGACCCGGACUCUGUCGCCAGUGCGCUGGAUCGACUGCUAGGUGGAAAAGAAGAAGAGGAACUUGAUUCUGAUGAUCUAGAGGAAGAGGAAGAAGACGAGGAAGAUGAAGAAGAGGAAGUGCAACAAGAGAGCACCUCUUGUUCUGCCGAAGUCAACAGCACAGAGACUUUGGAGGGACUCAGGAAGUACAUGGACCAGAUGGAUGAGGAGCUGAUGAGUACAAAUGUCGGACAAAGUUUCAGUCAGACGACUGACAAAAAGGGAUCUGAAAAAGUGCCAGAUCAGAGGAAUGGAGAAGCAGAGGAGGAGAUCCAGCCUCUCGACCUGGAUCUGAACUUGGUCACUAACCUGCUGGAGUCAUUGAGCUGCCAGGCCGGGCUAGCUGGACCCGCCUCCAACCUGCUGCACAGUCUGGGGAUACACCUUCCGCCAAACUCCGACCCUGCCUAAGAACCUGGCAGUGACACCAGUCAGCCGAAACAAGAACAAGACACAGAUGAAAUGAUGUGGAAGGAGUUCCAUCAGGAUCAUCCAGAAACAAUUAUGGGACUUGUUUUCUCUCAUCACGACAAUCUCUGUUGUGGAUUCAUUACCAUAAAAACAUGUCAGAAAAUAAUGUUAAAAAAUAUUAUCAUGUUAAAAAUGUAUUCUGAAAAUAAAAGUAUUCACAAGUUGAACAUUUUUAAUGUGAUUUUAUUUUUCUAGAUUUUAGAUAAAUGUUUGCAUUUAAAUGAGAUGACCCUCGAAUUCAAAUUCACUCAGCUAAAAUGUUGCAGGAAGGAAAUGUAAAACUAUAAUCUGGCUGAGCAACAAAUAAAUUCUGUUCAUCUGUGAUACUUUUGUUUGUAAAACAAAAAUGAAAGCAACAUUUUUUUUAAUUGUCAUUUUAUUCGACCUAUAUGACAUUAUUGAGAACAUGAUCCAGAAAUACUUUCCUGUCGU